AUGACUCCCCUUCCCGUUCCCCUCUAUCUCCGAUAUCUGCCCGAUGCCUUCAACAACUUUCCUUCAUUUCAGAUCUCAUUACCACGUCGGUCUUAUAGAACUUCUGUUGUCUCGGCUGGACACGCUACUCUCUCUAUCUCCCCGCGUCGUUGUCCCUCGGUGAUUCAGCCGAUCCCAUCUUCACCCCGCCGCAACCACCACUCUCGCGACAUGUCUACAACCGCACCCAAAGCAGACCCCUUUCGGCCCGCGGCCAGAGUCGCGGGACAGCGACAAGAUGUCUGGUCCAUCGUCAACGAAGCAGCCGCCGCUUCCCCGGUGCAACCAAUUGUGAACAUGGGACAGGGAUUUUUCGGCUACAACCCUCCCAAAUUCGCUCUCGAUGCUGCCAAAGAAGCUCUCGACAAGGUUGAUUGUAAUCAGUAUUCUCCUACUAAGGGCCGCCCCCAUCUAAAGAAAGCCAUUGCUGCUACGUACUCGAAAUCGUUUGGUCGCGAACUCGAUCCGGAGACGGAGGUUACUAUUACCACCGGCGCGAAUGAGGGAAUGCUGAGUGCGUUUAUGGCUUUUAUUGAACCGGGCGAUGAGGUUAUUAUUUUUGAGCCGUUUUUUGAUCAGUAUAUCAGCAACAUCGAAAUGCCCGGUGGUACUAUUCGAUAUGUUCCUCUACUUCCUCCCAAAGAUGGUGCUAUUAGAACUUCCUCUGCUUCUGAAUGGACGAUUGAUUUUGAGCAAUUGGAGAAGACGAUCAACCCCAAAACAAGGAUGAUUGUCCUCAACUCUCCACACAACCCCGUCGGCAAAGUAAUGACCCGGGAAGAACUCACGCGCAUCGGCGACCUUGCCGUAAAACACAACAUCAUCAUCCUCUCUGACGAAGUCUACGAUAGACUCUACUACGUCCCCUUCACGCGCAUCGCUACUUUGUCUCCGGAAUUGUAUGAGCGCACAAUCACCGUCGGCUCGGCCGGUAAAGCGUUCUAUGCCACUGGUUGGCGAGUGGGAUAUCUCAUCGGACCGCCUCAUUUGAUUAAGUAUGUUGCUGCAGCGCAUACGAGGAUAUGUUAUAGCAGUGUGUCGCCGUUGCAGGAAGCGUCGGCCGUCGCGUUUGAGAAGGCUGAUGCAGAAGGGUUUUGGGAGGAGUCGCGCAAUGAGAUGCAGGGGAAGAUCAGACGGUUUUGUGAGGUUUUUGAUGAGUUGGAUAUUCCUUAUUCCGACCCAGAAGGCGGCUACUUCGUCCUCGCCAAUAUGGCCUCCGUCAAAUUGCCGUCCGACUACCCCUUCCCACCACACGUCGCAAGUCGUCCACGCGAUUUCAAGCUAGCCUGGUUCCUGAUCAAGGAAGUCGGUGUCGCCGCGAUCCCGCCUACUGAGUUUUAUACAGACGCAAAUGCGCAUAUUGCGGAAGACUAUCUAAGAUUUGCGGUUUGUAAGGAGGACGAUGUCCUUGAGACGGCGAAGGAAAGGUUGAGGGGAUUGAAGAAGUAUAUCGUCAAGUCUGAGUAG